AUCAGGCUCCGCCCACUACUUCCCUGUUGCUGCAUGAAGUGGCACUUCGGCUUGUUCCGGGUUAAUUGUGCUCUCUUUUUUUCCCUCUCGUUUUAUUUAUUAGUUUGUUUUUGCUGCUUUUUUCGUAUUUUGCAAUGUCUCUCUUAUUAGAGAAUCAGUUCCCUGUACUGCCUAAUCCCUAUGAAAUCGCUACAAAGUCGUUUUUGGAGUCGGUAUCCCAUCUUCCGCCUUUCUUCGAUUGUCUAGGCUCGAAGGUUUUUGCUCCCAUCAAAGCUGACAUAAAUGGAAAUAUCACAAAAAUACGAGCUGUAUAUGACUCUGAUCCAGUGAAGUAUGAGACGCUUCAGAAGAUCCUGGAAACUGAGAAAGGCAUGUACGGGUCCGAAUGGCCGAAAGCAGGAGCCACGUUAGCGCUGAUGUGGUUAAAAAGAGGCCUGCGCUUUAUUCAGAUCCUGCUGCAGAGUUUGGCAGAUGGCGAGCAAGACGAGAACAAUCCCAACCACAUCCGCGUCAAUAUCACUAAAGCCUACGAACAGGCGCUGAAGAGAUACCACGGCUGGAUAGUGCAGAAGAUUUUUAAGGCUGCACUCCUGGCUGCGCCGUACAGGUCAGACUUCCUGAAGGCUCUGUCUAAAGGUCAGGUGGUGGCUGAAGAAGACUGUCUGGCCAACAUCAGGCAGUUCCUGUUGAACUUUACCACCACCAUAGACGCCAUUUACGAGAUGUACACAGUGAUGAAUGCUGAGCUGGACUAUACAGUGUGAGGGGUCGUGUUGCAUUGCUUUUCUCAGGUCAGACAGCAUUCCACCGGAAACUUAUUUUAUUAUUGGGAAUUUUCUUUUAUUGUUCUUUGCAGUGAGAGAAUUUUCUGUCUUUUCUGGCAGAAAAAAAAAACAACCUAAAGUGCAUUUAAAUACAGGAUCUCUGACCAAAGAGAUGCUAAACUACCUGUGAUGUUUUAAGACACUGUAUCACACAGCUUGACAAAACCUUGCUCCUGGAAAUCUAGACCAGUCACUGCAGUUACCCCUGACCUCAAAAAAGCAGAUCGAGAAAUGAUCAUCCUUCUCUUACUGACUGAUUACGGACAUGACAGAUACACAGAAUACGUGAUACAAAGGAGUUUUCUUAGUAUUCUUAUAUACUACUGACAUCUUCAGGUGCAUCUGAAUGUUUAGAGCCGGGUGUGUCGUUUAGUAAUUCUAAUAAUAAUAAGAACUAAUUAUAAAGCACAUUUCAUACAAAUGAUAUAAAAGUAAACUUUUUUUUUUCCUUUUUUUUUUUUUUAAAAGGAGGAAUAAAUAACAAUGAAUGAAUAGGGACUGAACCAAACAAGGAUUUUUUUUAUUGAUUUAAAUAAUAAAAAUUAAUAAAAAAAAAUAAGGUGGAAACGUCUCAGAAAGAGUUUCAGAGUUUUUGGAACUUUGACACGUCCUGCAUUUCAGUGGCCCAUAUUCAGUAUGACAUUCUGUUGUCACUGUGGUAUGAAAUUAUUAUUAGCUUUAAAACAAGUUAAAGAAUUUUUAGAUCAUUGUAGAUUAUUGUAUGACAAUGCCCAAUUUGUAGAACAUUGUUGUCAUAAGUGUGUUGUAAUUUUAGUAAAAGAAAACAACAACAAAAACUAGGUCAAUACCUGUUUGAUGAGGUGUUCAUUAGUUUCUUCUUCUUCCUUAUUUAGCUUUAUUUAUUUUUUUUUAAUACAUGAAAUGCAUUAAGUGGCUCAGUCAUUCCCCAUGUCUAUGAUGAUGUUUAUUGAAUUGCAAAGUUGAAUGAUGGGGAUUAAUUUUAAAAUAUAAAGCAUUUUGCAGUUUUGCUACAUGAUUGA